GUUGUGUUUCUCGGUCCGCGUCGGUGUUUUUUCGCGUUUCGCAUUUGUUUAUUCAAUUGUUGAUGCAGUUUAAUUGUCCUAUUGCUUAAACUAAUAUAGCACUGCACUCCGUCGCGUAUUUUUUUAUGUUUUUACCAAGUGUAUGUGUGUUUUAAAAGUGAUUAAAACUCUGAAAAGUUAAAGCGAGGUGCCUGGGCCAAACAAACGGUAAACGAGAAGCAGCAGCAGCAGCAACAACAACAAGUGCAAUAUACCAACAACGAAGUGGCGACAGCUGUUUCUUAAGAUUUUGUUUCGGCGAAAAAUGCAAAAUACUUAAUACACCCGCAAGACAAUAAAAAAGCAAAAACGCUCAAAGGCAACAACACAAUUCACACAGCAGCGGUGGCCAGGCCGUUUACCGUUUUCUUCGUUUUCUUUUUGUCGCAAUAACAGCAACAAAAACAGCAGCAUUACCAGCGCGAGCCAAAAGGGAGCUGCACAAACAAAAACAAAAACAAAAGUGAGGCAGGCACAGGCACAGGCACAGCAACAACAACAACUGAAUACGAACAAGAAGAAGAAGAGUCAGUGAAAGACGAAGAAGAAUAAGAAGAAGAAGAAGUGUGCGCAAGUUCUCUCUCACGUGUUUGGCCAACAUUGACGUCGACUGAGGCAGCGGCAGCGACGGCGAAUGCAGAAGGAGGAGGAGUUGGGAGAAUAGGGAAAUUCCCAUGCGACCGUUUAUUCCACAUUCGCGAUGAUGAUGGAAAUGCCAGAGAUGAAGAUGAAGAGCGAGACGACGAUGCUGAUGAUGAUGAUGAAGAUGAUGAUGAAGCUGUCGAAGCGAGAGAGUAAAAUUACAGCAGCAGCAGCCACCAGCUGUUAGAACGAAAAAGCGAGCGAGAGAGAGAGAGAGAAAGCUGCCGCCGCGUCAAUGUCUGGCGAAGUGCCUUUGGGUCGUCUAUCGCAAAUCUUCGAUACGCUCACCAACCUCCAACAGCAGCAGCAGCAACUGCAUCCGCAUCCGCAUCCACAUCCUAAUCCUCACCAGCAACAGCAGCAGCAUCCUGUUCCGGCGGAUCAACGUCGCAGAUCCGCCUCCUCAUCGCCUUCACCCUCGGCCAGUGCCUCGGCCUCAACAUCAGGGCGGGCCACCCCAUCACUGGGCGUGGCCAGCCCAUUGAAUACAUUGCAAUAUUAUAGUCAUGCCAAUAAUUACUUUCUGAGGCCACAGGAUGGAGGCAUUGGCAGUGGCUAUUUGCAUACAUUUCCUUCACAUCUCUAUCAUCAUCACCAGCAGCAGCAGCAACAUCAGCAACAUCAGUUGCUGCAUCUGCAACAGCAGCAGCAGCAGCCUCCUUCAUUACCCACACAGUUGAGUGGCGGACGUGGGUUCUCUGGAUCACAAUCCCUGCAAGGUUCCCCUUUGCUGGCCAAGAGAGCCACCUCUUUUAGUGGCCAAAUACCAUUGGGUCAGGUGCGAGUGGGGACGGUAGGAGGAGCUGCUGCCUCAACACCAAAUAGUCCCAGAUUAAUGCCACGUCGGGUGGCUCGCCCACCGCCCAUACCUGCCAAGCCGGGACAGGUGAAAGUGGAGAGCAGGGAUCCUUCGGUUAGAGAUCAGGCACAAAAUCAAACUCAGAGCAAUGUAAAUCCAGUGCUGGCUGCCUUGGAUGCACCCGAUGCGCCUUGGCCACAUUUUUCCACACUUACCGAACAUCUAGAUGUGCAUCAGGUUAAUAACUAUGGGCAGGCAUUGCCGGAGAUUAAUUGGCAAGAACGUUGCCUGGAGUUGCAAUUGGAGCUGCAUCGUUCCAAGAAUCAGGCUGGACGUAUUCGUGAUAUGCUGCGCGAAAAGUUAACGGAGUUGGAGCAGCGCGUCAUCGAAGCGGAAGAACGCGCCGAGGAAGCUGAAGAUAAGGUGCGUGCCAUGGAGCAGCGGCUGAGUGAGUGGCCCAAGCCGCCGCCCCAACAGCCUCAGCAUUCGCACCAGCAUCCGCAUCAGCAUUCGCAUCAGCACCAGCAUCCGCAUCCCCACCAGUCGGUGGUGCAAGAGCAGCAGCAGCAGCAGCAGCAGCAACAGCCAGCCAGGAGUUCGCCAAGCCAUCAGAUCGGAGGAGGAGCACCUAGCAGCGGUUUGGGAACAGGUUCGGUUGCACCCACGGGAGCACCACCGCCCACACAGGAGGCGGAGAAGACCAUCACCUCGUUGGAGAUUCAGGUCGAGGAGCAGCGACAACUGCGACUCCACGACGCCCGUCAGAUCGAGGCAAAGGCAGCCAAGAUCAAGGAGUGGGUUAACAACAAACUCCGUGAUCUCGAGGAGCAGAAUCAAUUGCUGCGCGAACAGAACAUCAAGUGUAAUCAGCAAUUGGAGCUCCUGAAGAACCACAUAGCCAAUCAGUCGCAGCGGCACAGCAUCGUUGGUCCCGUGAGGAAUAGCCUAAGCUUGGACGUUCAGGAUUUUGCCGGUUCUGGAUCGAAUCCGGAGCAUCGAAGGCGUAGCGAAAGUCUAGAUCCGCAAGAGAUUAUCGGACGACCGUUGACCAGUUCAUAUCCCCAUCAUCAGCACAGGCGCAAUCUAUCGAUGGAGCCGCAGGAGUUGGAACGGAAUCUAGUGGCAGCCGUGGAUGGUUUGACCCUGGCACCGCUCUCGAGCAUCUCCAGCAAGGCACCCAGCGGCGGAGGAGGUGGUGUCUCCACCGUAAAUAGACCGGAUAGUUCAGAUACGGAUACGGCUCAUGAUUAUGCGGAGAUUUAUACGCCAUCCUGUGAAAAGUUGCCCGCCUGGAUGAAGAACAAUCCAGCUCUGAUGGCCAGUGGAGGUAACUCGAGCACUACCACCACCACAACCAGCGAACUGGGCGUGCCACGACCUCCAACACCACCAUUGCAUCGCUUCCCCAGCUGGGAGGCCAAGAUCUAUCAGGUGGCCAACGAUGGCUUGGCCGGCACAGGCGCCGGAACAAAUGCCUCGGAGAGUACAGCCAGUCAGGAGCCAGAUAUUCAAGAGGGAACGGGAAACACUGGAACCGGCAAUCUCUCCAACGGACGGCGACAUAAUCAUAGUCAUGGAUCUGCGACUGGAGAUGGACAUGGUACCCUGGGUAGCAGCACACCGGGCACACCGCUGCCACCAUCGAGGCAGCAACAAACCGCCAGCGGCGGAUUCUGUGAUAUAUCCGUGCCCGUCUAUGCCACGGUCAAGGGUCGCGCCUCCCAGAUCCGUUCGAUGCCCUUUACGGGUGACUCGAGCGAUGACUCUAGCGAUGGGGAGGAUCAUGCCGUGAUGCUCACCCAUCAUUCGCACAAUUCCUCGAGCACGGACAACACGGAGACAUCCACAUCGGGCAGUGCAUCCAGUCCCUCGAAGAGCCUGAAGACAUCCUCCAGUCUGAGUCCAGCGAAGCGAAGUGGUUCAGAGAGUCCCAAGAAUGCCAAGGCGCGUGGCCUCUCAGAUGACUACGCCCUGCCCCCCGAUGCCGUAUCGGAGUCCACGUGCAUGGAUGCCUCAAUGCCAUCGCUCCUAAUGCGUCAGUCCUAUGUGGACUCACCAAGCAAGAAGAUCGAGUCGCUGGAGAAGAUGGGUCACCUGGCCAAGCUCGGUGGCAAGCUAAAGACAUGGCGCAAACGGUGGUUCGUUCUUAAGAAUGGAUCCCUUAACUACUGGAAGAGCCAGCAUGAUGUGCAGCGAAAGCCACAGGGACAGAUUCAGUUGGAUGAGGCCUGUCGCAUUAACCGGGCGGAGGGUGCCUCCACAUUCGAGAUAGACACGGGCAAGAAGGUCUACUACCUCACCGCAGACUCGCAUGCCACCAUGGAUGAUUGGAUACGGGUGCUGCAGAAUGUGCAGCGAAGGAAUGCCACCAAGCUGUUGCUGAGUCGUGACGAUCAGAAGCCCACGGUUCAGGGUUGGGUGACCAAGGUCAAGAAUGGUCAUCCCAAGAAGUGCUGGUGUGUACUUCUGGGCAAGAUGUUCCUCUACUUCAAGGCCCCCGCCGAAACGAAUCCUUUGGGUCAGAUAAAUAUGCGAGAUGCUCGGGUUGAGGAAGUGGAACAUGUCUCCGACUCAGAUUCUGAGGAGCGCGAGGAUGCUGCCCAAGAUCAGGCACGACUCACAGUGGCCAUCUAUCCAGCGCAUCAGGGACCUACCUACUUGAUCCUGUCUGGCAAACCCGAGCGAGACAAUUGGCUGUAUCAUCUGACAGUGGUUUCUGGUGGCGGACCCAGCGCUGGCACUCAGUACGAGCAGCUUGUCCAGAAGCUCAUGGAGACUGAUGGUGAUCCUAACUGCGUCCUGUGGCGUCAUCCCAUACUGUUGCACACCAAAGACACCAUCACGGCCCCGCUCUCGUCCAUGCACACGGAAACUAUGCAGCCAGAGGCCAUUAAGCUCUUCAAGAGCAUCCAGCUUUUCAUGUCGGUGGCAGUCAACCAGCCGGGCAUUGACUAUCAUGUGGUGCUCGCCCAGAACGCCCUGCAGCAUGCCUUGGAUAUGCCCGAGCUGCAGACGGAGAUGAUCUGCAUUCUGAUCAAGCAGACCUCCCGGCACAUGGGCCAGAAGCUCAGUGUCGGCGUCCAGGCUCCAGCUGCCACGCCCAUUAUUGACUGCAAGAGCAACCCGCCUGCGUACAGCUUUGUCCAAGGCUGGCAGCUCCUGGCCCUGGCCGUCUCCCUCUUUGUUCCCCGCUCGAGCCGCCUGCUGUGGUACCUCAAGCUCCAUUUGUCCCGGAAUGCUGAUACCAAGACGGAGACGGGCAAAUAUGCCGCCUAUUGUGAGCGAGCUCUGGAGAGGACCUUGAAGAACGGUGGACGGGAAACGAAGCCCUCGAGGAUGGAGGUGUUGUCAAUACUGCUCAAGAAUCCGUAUCAUCAUUCAUUGCCGCAUGCGAUACCAGUUCAUAUGAUGAACACCACGUACCAGGUUGUCUCCUUUGACGGCUCCACCACCAUUGAGGAGUUCCAGGCCACCCUUGCCCAUGAGCUGGGCACGAGAGAUGCAACCAAUGGCUUCUGCCUGUUUAGCGACGAUCCUAUCGAGAAGGACCUAGAGCACUAUCUGGAACCUUUGGCCAAACUGUGCGAUGUGAUCAGCAAGUGGGAGACGGCGCUGCGCGAGAAGGGUUCCGGCAAGUUCGAGAACUCGCGUGUGAUCCAACUGAGCUACAAGAAUCGGUUGUACUGGAAGCAUACCAUCAAGUGCGAGACGGACAAGGAGCGGCUGCUGCUGUGCUAUCAAACCAACUCGCAGAUCGUGCAGGGUCGAUUCCCCUUGUCCAGGGAACUGGCACUGGAGCUGGCCUCGCUGAUGUCGCAGAUCGAUAUGGGCGACUACUCGCUGGAGAAGUCACGGGAUGUGGGAGUGGGCCUAAAAGGCCUAGAUAAAUUCUAUCCGUAUCGCUACAGGGAUGCCCUGGGAGCCGAGCAACUGAAGGAUGUCCAGGAGCUCCUUGUGUCCAAGUGGAUGCUGCUCAAGGGCCGUUCUACUUUGGACUGUGUACGCAUUUAUCUCACCUGCUGCCGGAAGUGGCCGUAUUUCGGAGCCUGUCUGUUCCAGGCCAAGCCCAGGCAGAGUGAGUCCAACAGCGCCGUCACGGGAGGUGGAACCACCACCACAACUACGCCAGUGGCUUGGCUGGCAGUGGCCGAGGAUGCUUUGAAUGUGCUUGAGCUCUCAACGAUGGCCCCGGUGGCCCGGUAUCCCUAUAGCUCGGUCAUGACCUUUGGCGGCUGUCAGGAUGACUUCAUGCUGGUCGUCUCCCAUGACGAUGGCGGUGGCUGUGAGCAGAAGCUACUGUUUGCGAUGAGCAAGCCCAAAAUCUUGGAGAUUACGCUGCUGAUAGCGGACUACAUGAAUGCCUUGGGUCACACGGUGCCAGGGACGCCGCAAAUGAAUUCUUUGACCCGCAACGGAUCACAUCGCUCGCUGAGGACCUCCCAGCGUCCGACCACAGGCGGUGGCGGUGGUGGUGGCUCGGCAGCGGCCACUGGAUUCUCCACAAAUGCCACCACAACGGCCCACAAUACGCUCAAUUCGCAUGCCACGCACACGCUCAACUCGAACCAUUCGCAUACCCUGAGCAGUUCCCAUCAUGCCGGCGGAGGCAGUCAACCGGGCACCCUGAGCUCGGGUCACCAUCAGCACCAUCAUCAUCAGCAGCAUCACCAGCCGGAUAUACUCAAGAGCACGCCCGAUCACCAGAGGAUUAAGUAAAGGAAAUGAUGGAUGAAAAGAUCACACACACACUGUACAUAAAUCGAGGAUCAUAGCUAGAGCCCAGACAUAUACGACUAAACGGAUACAUAUGCACCAGCCCCUAGCGGCAACAAAUAUACACCUAAAGGUAGAAAGAUAUAUAUAUAUAUAUAAAUAUAGGAAGUUUCAAAGGAUAGGGGAUAGAACGAUAAAGGAUAGAAGAUAGCAGUAACGAAGGAUGAAAGGAUAGUUGGAUAGUCGGUUAGCGUUAAGCGGCCUGGGAUGGACCUUCUUCUCCCAUGCGCACCAUCACUCACUAAAGUUCUUUCCUAAGCUAACUAAACCUAAAGUGUAAAACAUCAGCAGCAAGCAUACAUACAUAUAUAUAUAAAUAUUAUAUAUAUUAAAUAUUUUUUUUAAUAGUCCUAAGUACCCCAAAAUGUAUGAGGUAUUCGAAAACGAAUUGUAAACAGAUCUUGAAUCUCAACAUUUUAGAUUGUUCUCGUCUUGUUUUUUUUUUUGCAUUUCUUUUUUUUUAUAUAGAAUUUCACCAUGUAGAAAACGAUACUAUAUAUAGUAUAUAUAUUUGCGAGUGUUCUUGCUCUUCGAUAUGCUUUGUAAUGAAUCUCAAUUUGUAAGUGUCCCUCCAUGCGCAAUACUGCCUUUUGAAUUUUGUAGAUGUCGGAGCCAAGAACGAGACGUAAAUGAAGCUAAAGCCAAAAAAAAGAAAGGAAGAAUAUAAAUUAAAAACUAAAAUCAAGCAAACUAAAGUACUAGCAUUAGCAGAAACAAAACCACAUAUUUUGUAAAGGAUUUUUCAAAGCAGAAAAAAAGCAUCGCCAUCGACGCCCAGUUUUUUAUCCCCCUUUUUCCUAUGGUUUCCCCCGGCUUUAAUCUAAGCAGCAAUUUUUAUAUAGACCACAAGUAGUACAUAUAUGUAUAAAUAUUUAAUUUUUUAACGCGUUUUUAGCCAGUUUCUCAAUGUGUAACCAAGCAAACGUCACCCACUCACCUCUCAGAGCUUCAGCAGAAAAGCAAGGAAAGCCUAGAAAUUAGUCAACAAAAUGUAGCAAACGAAACGAAAUGAAUUAAUUAUUUCCAGUUCCCCUUAAUUUUUUACACUGACCCCCACUCAGAAGCAUAUUCAGACAUAUAUAUAUAUAUAUAGAUGAUACAUAGAGAGCGUAUACAUGUAUUCGGAUUCGAUAUUUAACAAAAUUAUACACACAAAAUGAACGAUAUUAACGAUAUUACAACAACAAGUGUAAAUGGUAA